GGAGAAGUUCUUCACGGCGAUGAAGAAGGACGGCUCCUACCGAACCCGGGACCAACUCACUUCCAAAUGGAGCCACAUCAACAAAAAAGUCCGAAAGUUNAUGGGAGUUUACGAGGGAUGCUCCCGGUCCUGGAGGAGCGGCACGAACGACGCCGAUGUUCUCCGUCUUGCCACGACCCGGUAUCAAGACGACGGGAACCAAGGCAAGGUGCCCAUCGAUCUUUGGAGGAUUUUGAGUCGUUCCCCGAAGUGGCAACAACUCAACAAUCCCGACGGCGGAUCGUUCCGGAAAAGAUCCACCGUCGACGCCGAGGUUGAGGUCGACGAGACUAUCGGUUCUAGCGAUCAAAUCCCUCCCUUCAACGUUGCGGAUUCCGAUGACGAGGACCCCAUUCCACGGCCGAUCGGAAGAAAGAAGGCAAAAUCCAUUGCCUCGGGUUCGGGAGGGUCCGCCUCUGUUUCCGCUUCUCCCCGCGACGAAAUCGGCCGGGCAAUGAUUGAACAACUUCGGGCGUUCAAUCUCCAAGAACAAGAGAGGUUGAAGCUAAAGGAGAAGGAGUUGAAGCUAAAGGAGCAGGAGACUGAGAUGAAAGUCAUGCAAACCGACCCCGGGACGUUGUCGGAGUUUGGACGAAUGAUCUAUGAGCAAAGAAUGAGAGAGAUCAAGGAGAAAUAUAAUUUACCUUAGUUUUUUUUAUUAAUGUAUCGUUUUUUAAAUUAUUGACGCUUUUUUUAUUUAAUGAAUGUAUUUUUUUAUUAUUCGUGUUUCAAUUUAAUUAAAUAAUAAAUUAAUUACAUUUUAUUAAUUUAAUUUUAGAAGAUGUAUAUUUAAAAAUGUAAAAAAUGAAGGUUUGAAGCCCAG